AUGGGCAAGCGCAAAUCGUCAAGCAAGCCGCAGGGCCCCAAGAGAAAGGAGAAGCUGCCAACGACAUUCCAGUGCCUCUUCUGCAACCACGAGAAGUCCGUGUCCGUGUCCAUUGAGAAGAAGUCCGGUGUCGGCAAUCUGCAGUGCAAGGUCUGUGGGCAGACUUUCCAGACCAACAUCAACUACUUGUCUGCGCCCGUCGAUGUCUACGCCGACUGGAUCGAUGCGUGCGAUGCUGUUGCGAAGGAGGCUGCAGCCGGACGCGCCACCGAGCGCUCGACGAACCGCACCGGCGCCCUCCCCAAGCCUGCAGACGACGACGAUGGCUUUAUCGAGCACGAUGACGUGGACGCAGAGGGCGACUACGAUGCCUAA